ACCAGUUAGACUUUUCAUAAACCCUAUUUUCUCCAAAUAUAAUCUCGCUCCUCACUCCCUUACCCAGCCCUAAUAGUCGAGCUCUAGAUUCAGGAAAGCCAAGCUUUUGUUUUCUGGGAGAUAUAAUCUGAGCUUCAUCUUGACACUGCGAUUUCGAUAGACGAUAAGCAGCGAAGAUGAGGAUUAUGAUAAAGGGAGGCGUGUGGAAGAACACGGAGGAUGAGAUCCUGAAGGCGGCGGUGAUGAAGUAUGGGAAAAACCAAUGGGCUCGGAUCUCAUCGCUUCUCGUUCGCAAAUCAGCUAAGCAGUGUAAAGCACGCUGGUACGAGUGGCUCGACCCUUCCAUUAAGAAGACCGAGUGGACAAGAGAGGAGGAUGAGAAACUACUUCAUCUGGCUAAGCUUAUGCCCACACAGUGGAGGACGAUUGCACCAAUUGUUGGUCGUACUCCAUCUCAGUGUCUUGAGAGAUAUGAGAAACUCCUUGAUGCAGCAUGUGUUAAAGAUGAGAACUAUGAACCAGGUGAUGACCCACGAAAGUUGCGGCCUGGGGAGAUUGAUCCAAAUCCUGAAUCAAAGCCUGCACGUCCUGAUCCUGUUGAUAUGGACGAGGAUGAGAAGGAAAUGCUUUCGGAAGCACGGGCUCGGCUGGCAAACACUAGGGGAAAAAAGGCAAAAAGGAAAGCCCGCGAGAAGCAGCUUGAAGAGGCAAGGAGACUUGCUUCUUUGCAGAAAAGGAGAGAAUUAAAGGCUGCUGGCAUUGACAACAGGCAUCGGAAGAGGAAAAGGAAGGGAAUUGACUACAAUGCUGAAAUUCCAUUUGAGAAGAAGCCGCCUCCUGGUUUUUUUGAUGUUGCUGAUGAAGACAGGCCUGUGGAGCAGCCUAAGUUUCCAACCACCAUCGAAGAACUUGAAGGGAAAAGAAGGGUCGAUAUUGAAACACAGUUGAGGAAGCAAGAUAUUGCAAAGAACAAAAUCGCACAAAGGCAGGAUGCCCCAUCUGCUAUAUUGCAAGCUAACAAGAUGAAUGAUCCUGAAACUGUGAGGAAGCGGUCAAAACUGAUGCUUCCUUCUCCACAGAUUUCUGACCACGAGUUGGAAGAAAUUGCAAAGAUGGGUUAUGCUAGUGAUCUUCUUGCAGGCAGUGAUGAGUUAACGGAAGGCAGUGGAGCAACACGUGCUCUUCUUGCAGAUUAUGCCCAGACACCACGUCAAGGAAUGACACCACUAAGAACCCCUCAAAGAACACCUUCUGGUAAGGGUGAUGCUAUCAUGAUGGAGGCUGAAAACUUGGCCAGGCUAAGGGAGUCUCAGACACCAUUAUUAGGAGGGGAGAAUCCAGAAUUGCACCCUUCAGAUUUUUCAGGUGUCACCCCAAAGAAAAGGGAUGCUCAAACCCCGAAUCCGAUGCUCACCCCGAAUCCAAUGCUCACCCCUUCAGCAACUCCUGGAGGUGGAGGUCUCACCCCUAGGGUGGGCAUGACUCCUAGGGAUGGCUAUGGUUUUGGUAUGACGCCAAAAGGAACUCCCGUCAGGGAUGGGCUACAUAUUAAUGAAGACAUGGAUAUGUACGAUAGUGCGAAACUUGAGCAACGGAGACAAGCCGAGUUGAAACGUAACUUGCGCUCGGGUUUAAGUAAUCUUCCACAGCCCCAGAAUGAAUACCAAAUAGUUAUCCAACCCCCUCCGGAGGAUAGUGAAGAACCUGAGGAGAAGAUUGAGGAAGACAUGUCUGACCGGCUAGCAAGAGAAAGGGCGGAGGAAGAAGCGCGGCAACAGGCAUUACUUCGGAAGAGAUCAAAAGUACUGCAGAGGGAGCUUCCUAGACCACCAGCUGCUUCAAUGGAAUUAAUUAGAAGUUCUUUGCUGAGGGCUGAUGGAGAUAAAAGUUCAUUUGUUCCACCUACUUCAAUUGAGCAAGCUGAUGAAGCAAUAAGGAAAGAACUUUUGAGCUUACUAGAGCAUGAUAAUGCGAAGUACCCACUUGACGAAAAGGUUGAUAAAGAGAAAAAGAAAGGUGCUAGGCGGCCUGCCAAUGGAUCUGCUGUGCCUGUCCCUGUGAUUGAAGAUUUUGAAGAAGAGGAGCUAAAAGAGGCUGAUUAUUUGAUAAAGGAGGAGGUUCAGUAUCUUCGUGUGGCAAUGGGGCAUGAAAACGAAUCCAUUGAUGAGUUUGCUGAGGCGCAUAAAACUUGUUUAAAUGACUUGAUGUAUUUCCCUACUCGCAAUGCUUAUGGCCUGUCAAGUGUUGCAGGUAACUUAGAGAAGCUUGCAGCCUUGCAGAAUGAAUUUGAGAAUUUGCGCAAGAGGUUUGAUGCUGAUAAAGCUAGGGGGGGGAACCUUGAGACAAAGCUUAAACUUUACACUCAUGGUUAUGAGAAUCGGGCCCAAAAGCUUUGGUCCCAAAUUAGAUCAACCUUAAAGCAAAUGGAAACAUCUGGAACUGAACUGGAGUGCUUUCAAGCCUUACAAAAGCAAGAAAGGUUAGCUGCGUCGAACAGGAUAAAUGGUCUGUGGGAGGAGGUUCAAAAGCAAAAGGAGCUUGAGCAAACUUUACAAAUGCGCUAUGGACGUUUUGUAGCUGACCUGGAAAGGAUACAACCUCUGAUAGAUGAGUACAGAGCACAAGCACAAAAGGAAGAAGAGGUUGCUGCAAAUGGUCAUUCUAUUGAGUUGGUGGAGGCUUCGGCUGAUCAAACUACUGUGCCUGUGUCAGAAGCUGUGGUGCCUAAAACCUCUGAUGAUCUGGAAAUCUGUGUGUCAGCUGAUGCAUCUCAGGACGAAACUUCACAGCAUCAAAUGAAUGUUUAUUCUGAAAAAGAGCAGGCAGCAGUCGAUACCACUGUUAACCCACCUAGUCAUGUGACCACUGAAGAUGGAAUGGAUGGAAAACUGUUGCAUGGUCAUGGGGUUCCAGAACGAGAUUCUAUUGAAGUGGAUAACCUUUCCGAUGAGGUGGUUAAAGUAGAAAACCGGUUGCGCAUUGGUCAAUUGACUGGUGAUGUUCUAACAAAUUCUGAGGUGCUCAAGGAGGAUGCAGUUGUUGAGGAUCAGCAGAAUGAUUUAGAACGUGGAAGCAGAGAAGUCUCAACCAACAGUGAAAUUGGGAAAAAUGAUGAUUUGACAAUUGGGGAUGCUAUGCAGGUUUCCAAUGGUGAAGAUGAGAAGGUGAAUUCAGCGUAGGAACGCAUCUGCAGGUAUGAAGCCCGAGGACCUGCCUGUCCUAUAUUGGAAGUUGACUGAAGCAAACUGAAUGAUUACUAAUAUUGCCAGCUUGGGAUGUAUUUGAUACAAAAUGGAAAAAAGUGAAGAAUAUCUCGUAAAAUCGUAAGACUGUUACUUUAGAACUGAGCCGGAUAAGAAAGCAAAUUGUGGGGUCAUUUAGGGAAUGUUCUUAUGUGGGUUGAAGAAUGGAUAAAAAGUUCCUUGAAUUUUACGAAUUAGGAACAUUCUGGGAAAUUUACUGGGGGUAUCUUGGGGGAAUGUUCUUGUUGUGAAACUUUGAUGAUUCGCAAAAACAAUCUGUAUUUGCCUCUUUGGAAAGGCUUUUGUCGAACAUUAUAAUAUUAUGUCAUCAUAACUUUUGUCUCGCCUUUCUUUGAUGGGAAGAGGAGUUAAUUUG